AUGAACGCCUCUAUGGAAAUUGCUGCGCGCCGUUUUCAGAGCUCCCCUGUGAAGAGUGAGUCCGUGGACGGACAUCGGCCCAGGUCAAGCGGAGGUAAUGCAGAGCCCGUAAAGAAGACGGGGAUGGGUGUGAAAGAGAUGGAGGCUACCGUUUCCAGCCUGCACAAACAAAAUUUUGACCUGAAGCUCGAGCUCUUCCACCGUCGCGAGCGACAGAACGCUCUAGAGGAGCGAAUCGACGCCCUCGAGGGCGAGAAAGCACAAAUUGACGAUGUGAACGACAAACUGUUGGACGAGCUGGAGAAGCGAGACAAAGCUGUGCAAGAGGCGGUCCAGAUGAUAGUGACCCUCGAAGCUCAGGUCGCAGCGCUCUUGAAGGAGCGAGAAAUGGUGCGGCAGGUCGACGCAGCUGGGAUUCUCGCCCUCGAAGCCCUCGAGUCUCGGUUCAACGGUCCAACGCCCAAACCCAGGGAAGCGGAUCUAGCUCGACUCGAAGAAGACGCCAAUACUCUCAACCGUAUGCCGAGCUUUCUGUCGGACCGCACAGAAAACACCGAGAACUUGCGCAAAGUGUACCUCAGUUCACGCGGUAGCCUUCUCAGCUUGCCGAGGCUCACGACCGAGGGCGAAGAUGCUGACGUACGUCACGUCAAUGACAUGACGAGCCCGAGUCUAAGUGUUCUUAGCGAAAGCUCAUUUGUAAGCGUCUAUGGGGGCAAGGAUGAUCAGGACCGGACGAUUGUCGCCGACGCGGAUGAGCCGAGCCCGAUGGACGGCCCAUCACCGCAACCGCGAUCCCGUAAGCAAUCGUACGGCGGCGAUCAAUCCAACGUCCAAAGACCGCUGACCACAAUGUCAACGAGGAUAAGUCGGCCCAGCAGAUCCAACUCGGUUGGGCGUGCCCCUGGUCCAGGUCAGUUCCAGUCUAUCCACGACAUCAUCGACCACACUUCUCCCCUCCAGAAGUUGGCCAGGCUCGAUCAUGCCUACCUGGAUAAGGCACCAGCCCAGGAUCAGUCCCCUCUCUCUAGUAGAGGACAGUCGCGCCAGCAUGUCAAGGACGCGAAGAGGGAGGCUCUACGGAGAGUAACGACCGACACGCCAACCUCACGAUCCGGCGAGCAAGCGUUACCUCCCACGCCCGACACUAUUUCCACAUCGACGCUUCGUAGGUUCAAGACGUCGAACGAUACUCUUUUCAAUCAACGGAGCGUAUCCGAUCAGCGCAGCUACAGGUCCAUUUCCGACGGCACCUCUAAGGAUGAGGAAGGCGAGCAUUCGGGAGGCGCGCCGGUGUUCCAACAGGCUCCGCACAGCUCUUUCGUAGACCGCAACGAGCCAGCCAGUGCAGCUUACUUUGACAUGAAGCCACCGUUGGUACCUCGCCCAAGAUCGGCAGGUGAAACAACAAUAUCCAACCGCCGCGAUAUUGAAUGGGACUCGGACGGGGAUUCCGUUCACUCACUCGACUCCAGUCUCGACAUUUGGUUGCAACAGGGCAAAGACCCAAAAUACUUCGAGCACACCGAGAGUGCGUCCCCGGACCUCUUUAGCUUCCCCCCGUCUGGCGGGGGAUGGAACACAAACGCCAUGUUUGGGUCUUUUAGUGGUGCGUUUGAAGUCCCUGGUCUUGCACCACAGCACCGCAACCUCGCGGAAGACGUCAUGUUGGCGGAACCAGCACUCUUCCCGGAUGGCGUUCAGCAGCUUCCCCCGCCAAACCGAAGAUCAAGCCUCGGUGCGAAGACGGGCUCAACAUCAUCCAAGCAGCCUCCAGCCAACGGGAAACUACGCAAGUCACCUUCCCGCAGUGGGUCAAGGCGUAGUAGUGUUGAUGCGCAAAUGCUCCAGUUGGCUGAGUCGGUCGCCAACACUCCCCAACGUUCAGAGUCAAAGCCCGGUGUCCGAUCCAAGGACAGCCACUACCCACCUUCAUCCGCUACGGCAUCUCGCGGGCAUCGUCUCAACAUCUUCAGGCGGUCCGUUGGUGGCGGAACCACACCAACUCAGCCCGAGCCCGCAUCUCCCGUGGCUGAGCCAUCUCCGUCAGUGACAGCGAAGGCCGGUACGAUGGGCGUUCCUUCAUGGGUUCAACAUUCUCACCUUGUGGAUGAGGAUCGAGACAGUGCGACACCGCCUCCCAUCAUGCGAAAACCAAGACCUGCUCGGUCCAGCAGCUUCGACGAGGGUGCCCCCAUUGCUGAUGGGGCUCCUUCGACGCCUACAACAACCAUGGCAGCAUACGCUUCGCAUACACCAAAAGCAAACGGGACGCCAGUGUCUUCGGAAACGACUCCGAUAAGCAACAACGGCAGUGGCGGCGCUCCGUUACAAAAGCGCAAAUGGCUCCCGGGAUUCGGCCGGGCGAGCAGUCUGCGAAACCGUACAGGCUGA